AUGAUCAGGCAGCUGUAUGAGACUGCUUUUUUGCGACUCGAGCCUGCGUCCUUUCAUUACUGCGGGGGCCUUGUUAUACGCACUGCAGUCACUUUCUCGGUUGUCCUUGCGCUCUGUGCAGACCACCCGUCCUUAUGGAACAUAGUGGGUUUCCAAAGGCUAGGCACUUUCGAUAUUGUCCUGGGCUCGAUAUACGCAGCGACAUGCGGGAUGUGUUUAUUCGGUGUUAUAGCGGUCUCGCUCCAACGAUUGUGGAUGGCAUGGCUAUAUGCCCGGUUGAGUGUUGUGAGCGCGCUGGCAAUCACAGGAACGGACCUAUUCAGGGUCAUCAACGAGCUCUUAGACGAGUGCGCCAAGAUCGCUCAGAGCAAGACAGUCAUUAAGUGGAUACUCACGAUGGCGAAGCUCGGCCUUUCCGAGGCAACCACAAACUGCCGCAACAAAUGGAGCUAUGGCUCUACCCUCGAGAUCAUCACAUUAAUCUUUGUUGCUAUCGGCGUUUCCUGUCACAGUUUGCUCGUCUUCGCCUGGUCAAAUGAGCUGCACGAGGCAGCUAUGUGGGCCAGACUCAUGCGCCCUCUCGCGACCAAACCGCCGCGCCCCUCCGGCGGCGAGGAUGCCCACCCCGCACACGACAAACCACCGUUGCCCGCUUACAACGCGCGGCAGUGUGCACAGCCUCACGGCGCGCCGCCUGCAUACGACGGGCACGACGACAGCGACGACGUGAAGCUGUACAACGAUGCAAAGCCGCCGCUGUACUCCGAAGAUGACCUCGAGAUGCUCGAAAAACAGGAAACGUACAGCGAUGUUGUUGGCCCGGACCCGUCCGAGGAUUUAGAGGGCAAUUAUGGAUACAAGGACGUCAUGAAGUGA